AUGGAACCUUUGGCAACAACCAUUCGUUUCGCCACGCUGAACUGCCGAACACUAUCGAGUGAAUUCCAAGCCGCUCUAUCCAGACUUCUGCGAUAUCUCUGUGUGCUUUUUGCUGCACUGCAGGAAACACGCAUGAGAGAUUGGCCCGUAAUCAGCAUCGAAAAUUACACCAUAUACCGCGGCGAUGCUGAUGAGAACAAAGUAGGUGGCUGCGCGAUAGCUGUGAGGAACGAUUACAAGAACCUGGUGGAGGAAUUUGGCUCAAGGUCGUUUAGACUCGCCUUUCUACGACUGCGGGAUCGCAGAGGACGUGAACUCUGGAUCGUAAGUGCUCACGCACCUACGGAAACUGCUGAGGACAACAGUAAGGACGCCUUCUAUGAUGAACUCAAUGCGCUGAUGUCUAAAAAACCAAACCAGCAGGUGGUCAUCGUCGGAAUCGACGCAAAUGCGAAGAUGGGACUCGAACAGACGCGCCUCAUCAUCGCUUCCACGUUUAAGAGGUAUCAUCGAUGCCAUCUGCUCACGUGGCAGGGGUCAACCCUUUUAACGCCUGAAGAGCAGCGCGAGCGGAAGAUCGCCUUGUUCAACGAAUCCUGA